AGAUAAACAGGAAACCUCAGGACCUAUACUGCUCAUUAUUCUAUUGGAAUAGAUGAUUUUCCGCUUAUCUGCGAGUACAGUUUUUGAUUUUGCAAACUUUCGACAGAACCAGUAUUCAUGGUAUUUGGUUUGUAUACCGAAAAUUUGACGCUCUGUGACGAUUAGACAAAAGGAAGAACAACCUUCAUUAAACAUCAAAUAGCGCUCUGCAAAUAUUACUCUCAUUUGUUUUGACGAUUUUCGGAAAGGUGUCCAGAAAAGUGUUUGUAUUCAACAGUUGGCUAAUGGAUUUAUAUGUUGCUUUUAAACGCACGUACGCCAAUUUAAUCAUUGUUUGACUUCUUUUGUCUUUGGAUUAAUUGUACAUUAUCAUUCUCCACUCUCGCGAACAUCCCCUUUCUUUGACAGUUCGGUUGCAAAAGACUAUUUGCUCUGAACUUUAAGCACUCGGACUAUUCUUUCGCUUUCGUUCAGUCGUGAAAACAAGGUUUUUGGGUGUCAAAACAUUCCACUUAAUGUCGAUCUCUUUGCCAGCCAGCUGAAGGGCUCGCGGAUGACGAAAUAGCAGACAUUUUGUGCCUCCGAAGUCUUUCUGGUGUCGCGUUGCUAGGUCAUGUUUUUUCUAGUCACAUGAGUCAUACUGUAUAAAUCACCGAGCACAUUCACGGUGAAUGUAGUUGCAUUUAGGUCCACUUCUAUCCAAGCUCUUGAUAUUGCAGGCGUCAAAAUGGCCAUUCAGAUGAAAAACGUGAAACCAUGGCGUCUCUUCGAGACCAAGCCGUAUCUAACGGAGAUGGAAAGGCAAGAGCGCCCUCAGCUCGUGUUGUAAGCCGUCGUUCCAGGUCAGCCUCGGCGUCAGGUCGGACAAGGCAGUGUCAGAACAGACGAGGCGUGAGCUGUGAGAGGGACACAAGUCUCGACCGUGACGGUCGGUUAAACGGACAUUGCGGAGUUAGACUGGAUUUGAACUGCAUCCCGAUGUUGAAGUUUUCCCCUCCAAGAGCCUCGACGCCGAAAGGUAAGGGGCAGAGUCCUGUCUCACCGCCAGGCAAAAUGGCAGGCUCGUUGAACUCUCCCUUGAGCAUGUCUAGUGCGUCCUCUACGGUGAGCUCUAGCGGAAGCUCGACGUUGAUUGGAGCCCCUCGCGCCGCAGAUGUCAUGAGAAUACUCAAUGAUUUCCGCAAGGAUUGUUUACUGAACGAUCUGAUUUUGCAGUUCUCGACUGGUGAGAUUCACUGUCAUCGACUGGUCAUGGCUGCAAGUAGUCUCUACUUCCGUGGAAUGCUUUCGAGUGAAUCAGGACGAAUAUCGCGACGGGAGAUAAUCCAAAUGCAAGGUGUCGAUAUGAACAUCAUGCAGUACUUGGUGGACUUUGCCUAUACUGGAUCAAUAAGUGGCGUGAGUAGAGAUCGCGUCCGCAAACUGAAAGAACUUGCUUCCGUCUUCCGUUUCCCAGAGAUCGGUGAAGCCUGUCAUGUUUAUCUGGGACGCUCUUUGAGAGAGAACCGUAACCGAUCGAGGACCCCGACCAGGACACCUGGAAAACAGAUAUUUUAUCCUGGAAGUGGAAGGUCCAGUAGUGGAAGUGGAUUUAGUGGUAGCGAAACAUCUGAACUGUUUUCACCAAGUUCCUUGUUGGGGGCAUCGCCGUUGAUUGAGUCACCCCAGACUGCCCCGGUGUCACCAUUCCAAGAUCAUAUAGUGACCAGUCCUAAAGCUAACGGCGCCAGAGAACUGUUAGAAGGAAUUGCGAGCCUCAAUGAAGCACUGGGCCGAAAGCAUCCGGAUGCCGGUAUUCAAUUUUUACCCGAUCAUGUUACUUCGGUCAAUCGUCGAAUAUCAGCAAGCAGUAGCGAUUCCUCUAACGAUGCACCAAGCUCUGCUGCAUCAGAACUCUUUUCAUUUGAGGAUUCGUCUUUUGCUAUGAAGAUACUUCGAGAAUUUUAUAGGAUUCGAAAGGAGGGUCAGCUGAUAGACGUUGUCCUGCGAACAGCCACUCGCGAUUUCCCAUGCCAUCGGGUCAUUCUGCAAGUCCACAGCCCAUCACUUGGAGCAAUUUGCCAAAGAGAGCUCGAUGGCUCAAAGACAAUGGACGUCUUCAUCAAGAGAAUCAACCCUGAUACGCUGCAGAAGGUUCUGAACUAUUUCUACACCGGGAAGAUAGCCAUUUCACAGCGAGACGUCAAGUCGGUCUUCAAAGCAUCCAAAAGAUUCGGUCUUGAUGCUGUACGGGAAGCUUGCACAACCCUUGAUGAAAGUAUUGACAGGAGUAGCGUCCAAACAGAUGAUUCUGGAAUAUCAGCACCAAGCUCGCCGAACUGCACCUUAGAUUCACCCGGGAUCUGAAUAUACUACAUAACUGUAUUAUUGCUAAACAGGAUUAUGUAUGUGCAUUUUGGCUAUGCUAGUAUAUAAUGGAUGGAGUUUGGAGAAGAAGGGCAUCUUAUAAUUAUAGGAAAUGGCCCAUCCGAGCUGUGGCGUAUCUGGGUUCAGAUAGGGACUAGUGCCUCGGCGGCUCUUUUAUGGAGCUUGGUCACUUCGAUCUCUCGCUUGAAUAUUUUCCUUUCAGAAUCUUUAUUAUCAUUCGAAAAGCUUAAGCAUUUAUUAUCGUAGCUAAUGAAAAUAUGCCUUGAGUAUUUGUCGAACAUUUCGUUAAUUCUACUCCGAAUCUGAAAGCUAAGAAGACAGAAAACUUAUUAUUACAUCAGGUUUUUGAUCAUCGGUACCAUUAAAAGGUCUUUGCAUUUUUCGUAGCUUCAUGUGCAAAAUGUGCAAGAAAUGAUAGCGUUUUACCGAUUAAACUUUGAAUUUGUUUCCACCCUUGGUCACUUCGCCCCCCUUGGCCAUGUUGGCUAUAUGAUAAUAAUGUAUACUGGGAAUUGAGAGGGGCGCAAAUUUAGUGUUUGCCAGCUCACCAUAAUGCCUAGAUACGCCAUUUGCAACGAUCCAUGGUAAUACCAAGCUCCUAUCCCAGACGAUAGGACGGGGUUUGCGGCGGGGACGGGUUCUAAAACAUAUAAAUCUACUGUCAAAAGCCCUUCAUGACAAAGUAAUCUUUUUCGAAAAUCGGUGAAUUGACAAAAAAAAACAGUUUGGUCCUGGUGGGUGUUUCAUAAAGCUGCUCGUAAAGUUACGCACAACUUUACGAACGACAGGAACAUGUUCUUAUGUCCUAAAUGAAUGACAUAGGGAUGUAUCAUCUAGCACUAGAAGGGGUCUCCAGUGCCUAAAGUCAUUCGUAUCUUACGAACAGCUUUUAUUAUGAAACACCCACCAGGAUUUCGACGUAUUUGCAAUUACUCUUCAGCAGCUUAGAACUUUACACUGUUAAAAAUGAUUUAAACAACGCUGUUUACUUUGUAAAUCGCACAGUAGUUGUUUAAACAGUAUAAUCAAGUGUUUGAAAUCUUAAACAACCAUUAUUGAUAAUUAAAUAUUUGAAUUUAAACUUGUUUAAGAUUUAAAUACUUGUUUAAAAUGUUUAAACAACUUCUGUGCGAUUCUUAUAGUAAACAACGUUAAAUUAUUAUUAUUUUUUUAACAAGUGCACACCAAGUUAGCAAUAAUGCAUAUAGCAUUUACAUUUAUUUGAAAGCAGGAUAAAAGAUCAUUUUUGACAGUAUAUACGACGAUCUGUCCCGGUUCAUGCAGAGGAUCUUUCCGCUGUUCAUUAUGAUUUUGACGGGCAUUUUAAUAGAUUUUCCAUGUGUUACAACCUGUCCCCAUUGGGAUUGCGAAAACUCGCUAGUCAAUGGAAUGAACGCAAAUCAGAUUAUGUCAACCAAGCAAUGUCGCCAUGAACAUUCGAUGAAAAUCACACAACAGCGAACUGAGAAAAUGUAACAAUACGUGUCCAUUUGACUUCAUAUUGCUUUGUAAGGCUUACUAAAUUAAUACUCAACUCUUUUGUUAAUUGGCUAGACUGCCUAGACACAUGCAUGUAUCAACCAACAUUGGUUAAUAAAUAUUUGUUGAAUCUGUUAUGCAUCGAGCGUCUUUCUGACAAAAUUAUAAAGAUAUUUAUGGAUUUAUAUUAAUUAUUACAAAUGUAUCAAAAGGGCAUAAUGAAAAUAAUACAUUCGUCAUGUUAUUUACUUUAUGUAAGUGUAUGUGAAAAAGAAUAUAAUUAUGUUACUGAAAUAUUUGAUUUUAUAUAAAACAGUGAAAUGUAAUACUUGGAACUAGAAAUAACUAGCGGUUUCUCAUGAGUAAAAUAUGUUUAACGCCAUGAUGAGUCCGUUUUGCGUGUCUAAAUGCUAAUCUAAUUAUAAUUAUUCUCUAUGCAUUUUUUUCUGUUGAUUGUAAGAAAUAACUACCGCGGUUUCGUAGUUUUGCAAGUAAAACAUUUACAUAACGUAUAUCUAAAGCACGCAAGCCAAAGUGCUUGGUGACUUUGUCCGUAUGUAAUAAGCACGAUACAAAAAAACCCCGGGAUAUCAAAGCAGUAAUAAUGAAUUACAUAAAAUCUAUCAGUUAAGAACAACCUUUUUAGAAGCGUUCAAAAGAAUAUCUUGUAUUUUCGCAUUGUCACUUUCCUUGACGGUUUGAGAUGUUACACAAUAUCGGUUGCUCUAAUUUAUAUAUUUUUUUUAUUCUAUAGAAUUGUUUUUCUAUAGGAGUAAACGCAGUAAUGUUGUCAUAUUAAAAAAUAAAUAAAAUGAACGCCACCCCUGAAGUAAUUCGAUAUUAACUCAAGAAAGCGAUUGAGUCACUUGCAGAGGGACGAUAAAUGCAAAUUAAGAUCCACCCGUUUUUAAAGAACAAGUCCAUCCCAACAAAAAAAUGAUUUGAAUAAAAAGAGAAAAAUCCAACAAGCAUAACACUGAAAAUUUAAUCAAAAUCGGAUGUAAAAUAAGAAAGUUAUGACAUUUUAUAGGGGAAUCCAGCCUUGGCCAUAAAAUGAUGUGUUGGGACGGAGAAAAAUAAAUUAAACAGAAUGGUGAAAGUUUGAAAGAAAUCGGACAAGCAAUAAGAAAGUUAUAGCUGCUUUAAAAUUGAGAUCACUAAUACUAUGUAGAUUUCAAAUUGGCAACUGGGUAAGUAAAUUAUGACAAGGGGCAAGGACAACUUUCCCAUAGGCCAUGUACUUUAUUAUCAGGGAUUUGUGGUUUUCUCCUAAGUACCCAUUCCCCUGGGGCAGUAAUCUAAAUAUAACCCAGGUAGUAUAUUGUUUUAUGUCCUCAUGGAAGAAAAAUAUAAUUUGAAAUCAAACUUUUGGGGAAAAUGACAUUUUAGCCAUAAUAUGUAUUGGAGUACAUGGAAGAGUAGUCCUUGCCUUACAUCACUAUGACAUCACAUAUGCGGCCAAUUUGAAGUCUCCAUGGGUAUAGCGAUUACCAAUAUUUACAACUUUUAAAAAUUCAUAACUUUCUUCUUGUUUGUCCAAUAUUGUUCAAACUUUCACCUAUCAACUUGUCUGAUUUUUCUUUUCCUUACAAAAACAAGUUUUUAUAUGGGUUGGAUUCCCCUUUAAAGUUUCACUUAAUUCCACAAAACAGUUAUAUGCACAUCCUGGUGGGUAUGCAAAUGAGGAGACUGAUGACGUCAUCCACUCACUACUUCUUUUGUAAUCUAUUAUACAAAAUAUGAAAUAUUCUAAUUUUCUCCUCAUUGUCAAGUGAAACAGUGAUUAAUUCCUCCCUGAAGAUGUGGAAUUAGCAUGGUUUAAUACUAUAUGAUUCAGUCAAGUCGGUCCCUAUGGUCAAAUCUGUAAAAAAUGAAAUAUUGUAUAAUUCAAACAAUAAAAAACAAAAGAAAUAGUGAGUGAUGGACAUCAUCGACUGACUCAUUUGCAUGUCACAGAGUUGUGCAUAUCACUGUUUUGUGAAAUUUAAGCGAAAUUUUAAAUGCCAUAACUUUUUUAUUUUACAUCUGAUUUCGAUGAAAUUUUCAUUGUAAUGCUAGUUUGAUUUUUCUCUAUUUAUUAAAAAUCAAUAUUUUACUGGGGUGGACUUGACCUUUAACUAUUCCUUUGAAAAGAAUCCACACUCAUACGCAGUCAUGGUUUCUAAAAGAAGAAUGAUAUUGCAUAUAAUUGUCUUUUUUACAGAAUCGAUCAAUUUUAAGGGUUUUUUUAAUUUAUAAAAGGAAGGGGAAAGAGUUUCAAAGCAUGAUUAUUCAUUGUGAAAAUAUAUGUGCCAUUAAACGUUAAACCUCAGCAAACCAUGCAUUUCUCUUUGUAUAACAAGUGUAAUGCAUGAAAUCUGAUAUUGUUCAUUUAAAUUUAGUCUAGAUGGAGCUAGCGACUACAGUUAGUCGAAAAAAAAAAUUGACAAACGAAAUGAUCAAACAAAGCAAAUUUGAGCAAAAUAUUAUGUACAAGAAAAUUAAUAAAACUCAGGUGAGACCUUAAUCAACAUAGAUUAUGGUGCAUCAUCCUAUCUAAAUC